GGCCUUCGGAAUGUUCUCGGCGGGUACCAUAGAGGCGGCGUUCCUCCAGCCUGCCUAGAGGGGCUGGCUAGCGAGCGGGGGGCGGCGGCCAUUUUCACGUGAUGCCGAGAGUGCUGUAGUGGAGGUGACGGAGUGGGCCGAGCGAUGUGGGCUGUGCUGGGCAGGCUUGCCAGGCUUGCAGCGGUGCCGGCCCAGGCCCGGCAGUCUGUUCUUCACGUCGUGCCCGCGGCCACAGAAGCCUUCACCAUAGCCCACGUUACCAUGGCCACCCACGUCCAGGAGCAGGGGGAGCAAAUUAAGUGUGUUAAGGGUGACCUGUUUUCCUGCCCCCCAACGGACGCGUUGGCUCAUUGCAUCAGUGAGGACUGUCGCAUGGGUGCAGGCAUAGCUGUUCUUUUUAAGAAAAAGUUUGGAGGCGUCCAAGAGCUGUUAGAUCAACAAAAGAAGACCGGGGAGGUGGCAGUUCUUCAAAGAGAUGACCGGUAUAUUUACUACCUGAUUACAAAGAAGAAAGUUUCUCACAAACCGACAUAUGAGGACAUGCGAAAGAGUUUAGAAGCCAUGAAAACUCACUGUCUAAACAACGGAGUUACUGACAUUUCCAUGCCCAAAAUUGGGUGUGGACUGGACCGCCUGGAUUGGGAUAAGGUUUCAGCAAUACUUGGGGAAGUGUUUGAAGGCACAGAUAUAAAGAUCACUGUUUAUACUCUCUGAGCAAAAGAGUCUCAUUUCCCUGGCUUUCAGCAGUGGUAACUUCUUAAUUGAUGAAGGUGAAAACUGCAUGCUGAGCACAUUCUUCUGAGCGUAGCUCACUCGUGUGUUGGUGGUGGCCAUGGCUUUAAGAGAAAAUAAAAAAGAUCAAGAGUCUCAGAGCAGCUAAUUUUGGAUGUAGUAUUCAGGGAACCUGUGUUGAAAGCAGGGAUAUUGUAACUCUCAGGAAGUUGCUAGUUUGUCCCAGAAGGCCACCAGAUGUCACUAGUCCUCCACAGAGCACCUACCUGCACUGGAGCUUCUUACAGCGGGCAGUUCCUGUGCAGUGAAAUUGGAGCUGUCUAAUGCUUAGAUAUUUGUUGUUCUGGUCCAUAAUGAUGACCUGUGGAGCUCUGUCUAUUUUUAUUUUUCAGGAUUUGCAGUGUUCAUAUAUAGCAUACUUAUUCUUUGCAGGAUUAAAAAUUAGUUUUUGUAUCUUUUGAACGUGAGCACUUUUCUUAAAAUGAAAGUGUACACAAGAAGAAUUGUGCUGUCAACAUGCAGUUAAUAGUUCUUCAGUACUCUGCUGUCAGAUCAGAGCACAGUCCUUGCAAACAAUGUCUGUAUGUGUUGUGGCUGUAGACAGGAGGAGGAAAGCAGGGUUUUGGAAGGGAAUGCUGGAGACUUAUAAAGACACCUUGUGGGUGCAUUCUGUAUGAUGUGAUUGGUAUCAUGCAGUCCUCAGUUUUCUGAGAAUCCUCUCAUGUGAAUGACUGACACGGUGUUUAAAAACAAACUACUAUGGAAGCUAAGAUUUUUUUUGUGUGUUUUCGUUGUUGUCUUUUACAGUGUUUGUAGUUUGGCUGGUAUACGUUGUUUGGUGUCACCAAAUGUGAAAACCAGUGACAACUUGUUAGGCCAUUGCUGAACACUUGAUUUAGGGAAGUUUGGUUCCAGUACUGAAUAACUGACAGAGUAUUUCCUUAAUGUUUGGUUUAACCCCUGUCCUGUAAUAUCAAAUCUUUUUACUUCUGUCACAUGAAUGCCCACAGAAAUGCCAUAAAUAUUGAAUAAACUGAAUAGAUGGGACAGCUGAGAAGUUGUUAGUGUAAAAUAAGGUAUCUUGUUACUUCUUGCUACUUAUUAAAUGUACGGAGCCUUUCCUGUUCUGAACUUUA